GACGAGGUUUUUGAAUAAAAUUUGUAGUAUUAUUGAACCAAUUUGUAUGAAAUUAGUUAUAAUUUAUUGUUUUAGUACGUUAUUUAACAUCUAACUGCUGCAAAAGGUCCGCUGGAAAGAAGCGCACGCAUCACCCCAAACGCGAAGAGAGCAAACUACCUGCCGCAGUUUUCAUUUUCUUGCUUGGUAAUUAAAACGGCAGCGUUUGGGGCCAAAAGCGUGUGGCGGUGCAUGCGGCGCGCUGUAAUUAGGUUAAAAACAGAAGCAGCGGCAUAACUGCAACGACAACGUUUGUACGUGUGUGUGCGCGUGUUCUUGUGACCUGAAGAAUUUGUUAAUCAAAUCCGACGAUUUACAUGGCACAGCAAAUGGACUCGGCAGUUUUUGAGCGACGGCUUCGGCCUGUUUACGAUAAUCUGGAGGUUGGGAACAAUCGCAAGGCGCUGCAAGAGUCAGAAAAGCUGCUAAAGAAGCAUCCAACUCUAUUGUGCGCACGUGCGCUGAAAGGCCUGUCGCUGCUUCGUUUGGGUCGCUAUGAGGAGAGCCACACUUGGUUGGAGGCAGUAGCCGAAGAGAAACCCGUGGACGACUCAACGCUGCAGGUGCUCUCGUUCUGCUACCGGGAAACGGAACAAUUGGACAAAAUUGUUGAACUAUAUAAGCAUGCAGUCAAACAGAAUCCUGGCAAUGAGGAGAUGCUCGCUCAUUUAUUUAUCUCUCAUGUGCGAGUGGAGGACUACAAAGCACAACAAGCGGUGGCCCUUCAGCUCUACAAAGUGCAACCCAAAAAUGCCUAUUACUUCUGGUCCGUCAUAAGCGUCGUAUUUCAAGGCAUACGUGGCCCGGAGUCCAUGAUCCCGGAGAAGCGUAAAUUGUACUUGGCGUUGGCUCAGCGUAUGGUUGACAAGCACAUAAAGGAGGGAAAGCUGGAGACGGAACAGGAAGCCUUUCUCUAUCUGCACAUAUUGAAGCUGCAAAACAAAUACGAGGAGGCCUGGGAGUUUCUAAAUGGCGAACUUUGUGCUAAACUAUAUCCUGGCGCCCCUGUAAGCAUGAAGUUUGAACUUCUCAAGGAGCUAGGCAAAUGGCAGGAGCUAAAUACGCUACUCAUGCAGCUACUCGAAGCAGAUCACGAUCGUUGGGAUUACUACAAGGAAUACUUGCAAAGCUGUUUUGAAUUGUUAAAAGUGCCACCAUCACCGGAUUCCACAGAGCCCGAGUUUACACUCGUCUCCUGCCAUGAGUUUCUUUUGCGAAUCAUUGAGUCUUCGGAGCGCAAAAAACGAGGUCCUUAUCUGGCCCGUUUAGAAUUGCUUCAGCGCAUGCGUGUUGCUCAGCUGCAGCCGCAGCAAUUGGUGGGCGAUUUCGAUGAGUUAAUCAUUGAAUACUUUCGUUUAUUUGGCGACAAAUCCUGUUGUACACACGACAUUGCGCUCUUCCUACCCUCCAUUAGCAUAGAGCAACGUCAGGCGCUGGCCAGCAAAUUGCUCUUGGAGAGCGGCAUUAGCUCGACUUCGCUGCCACAAAGUAAGGAGCAAAUGCAGAAACAUAUUUGUGCGCUACAGAUUUCACGCAUUUGUGGUUCACAUAUUGAACUGCCAGUGGAUCAUCUGUUGGCCUUUUACACCGCUCUGAAACUACACUAUGAGCACGGAUUGAGUACAUUUGGCAAAAAUCUUUUGGCAACGGAAAUGGGACCAUCAGAUGCCUAUGCAUUAUUGGCAGCAAAUGUUAUGUACGAUAUUACGUUACGGGAAAUGAAAUCGGAUCAUCUGUUUGAGGCCCUCUGUCUUUUACAAUAUGUUUUGCGGAAUAGCACGAGCAAUUUCCAUGUGAAACUGCUGAGUCUCAAGAUAUAUCACAUGUUUGGCUGUUUACUGGGCGCUCAGGAAAUGUAUGACUAUUUGGAUAUUAAGCAAAUACAGCUGGAUUCCAUGGGCUAUGUUCAUUGUAAUUUGUUGCCCUUGUCCGGUCGCUUUGCGGGCGCUCGAAGUUGCUACGAUGCUACGCUUAAGUUCUUUACGAAUAGCUACAAGGAACGCCUGGAAUAUAUAGCACUAACCUAUCGUUUUUACACAUUCUCCAAAAUGGAGGAGUUUAUGGACUUCAAGGAACGUCUAACCAAUAGUUUGCAAUAUGUUGCAUGCUCGGUAGAAACGCAACUAUGCGAUCUGGUCACCUGCUAUGGCAAUCUCCAACAGAACCUGUCGGCCUAUGUGGCCAUGAGCAUUGAGCCGGCAGAUGAUCGCAUUUCGUGGCAUGAAUUGAGCGACAAUCGGGAUUUGGAUGCCGUUGUACGUUUCGAUCCAUUGCAUUUGGUCGAUGGAACGGCGGAACGCAAAGAAUCCUUUGAUCAGGAGGUUGAGGUGCUGCAAGUACGUUCCCUUAUGUUGCGUCUAUUCGCCUCCUUCGUGGACUUGUAUCAUCCCACGGCAAGUGCCAAGUUUGCUGCUCCAAAUGCAAAGGAGCAGGCACAGGACAGACCACACAAAACAGAGACCGCAACACUGGAAUUGUUACGCGAAUCAUGGAUCGGUCUCUUUCAACGCCUGCGUCUCAUGAACUAUAAGCCGCUCUCAAAUCGGUUUCUAGUCAAUUUGUUACCCACACGCCUGCAUUUGCUGCUAGAGGUACCCUAUGAAAAGUUCUUCGAUGAUUUGGCGCAAUUGGUGUUAGACUUCUAUACGGGCGAUCCCCAAUUGACGUUGCAUUGUAAAGCCGUCAGCGACAAUGUGUUAGGGCUCAAAGAUCUAUGCGUGCAAACCAUCGAUGCAAGCAAUGAGGCGUCCGAUGGCCUUUGGCUGCGACGAAAUCAACAACAAAAGGUUGCUGCUUGUUUGGAGAUACUCUCACUCUAUGCCUUCUUGCUUUCCGUUCUUAAUGACAAGAUUCAAAGCAGUGGAAAGACAAAAAUUAAAAAGAAGCCAAAUGCGGAUAAUAAAACGUGCGAUACGCCGCAGCCAAUCAGCGAGAAAGAGCGCAGUCAAAUGUUAUUGGAACUUAUGCGUCAAUUGAAACGUAAGCUGGAGGACUGUGAUGCUGCCAUACGCAACUGGAAAGCGCCCGCACUACCUCGUGACCUCAACUCGUUUAUGGCAGACAUGUCGCUGAAGCCGGAAGUGGAGGCAACGCUUAUUGGGGAUGUCUCGUCCACAUUUAAGGAAUCACAUGAACUUCUUGUUACCGAGCUGAGAAAUCUGUUAAAAGACAAAAUACGUAUGGUUGGAAAGUAGAAGGGAGAUAGGGAAGGAAAAGUCAUUGCUAUCUUUGCUGUGCAAAGUAUGCGUCCAAUUGUUUUUAAACUCACUGCUGAAGCUUUUAAAUUAUAUCCCAUAGUUACAGACCCGAAAAAACAACAAACAAAAAAA